AUGGAAACAAAUUUUUCGUCUGACUUUUUUCUAAUGGGUUUCUCGGACUACGUAGGUCAUCCAGCAUUUAUUUUCCUGAUAUUUUUGACUGUGUAUAUUAUUUCUUUGAUGGGGAACACUUUUCUAGUAGCGCUUGUGAUAUUGUCUCCACAGCUACACUCUCCUAUGUAUAUAUUUCUAAGCAACCUCUCACUGGUAGACAUGAGUCUGACCACCGUGGUGGUACCUCAGAUGCUCCUAAACAUGUUAAUUAGAAACAAAAGUAUUUCAUUUAUAGACUGCAUCGCACAAGUGUAUUUUUUCAUUGCUUUUGCGGGAGUAGAAUGUUUCCUUCUUACCACAAUGGCUUAUGACCGAUAUGUAGCUAUCUGCAAACCCUUGUAUUACACAACAAUAAUGAAUAAGAAACUUUGUAUCCAAAUGGCUUCAGUAUGCUGGGUGAUUAAUUUUGUCAACUCGGUCCUACACACUCUUCUCAUUGCGAGGUUAUCCUUUUGUGGAUCACGAGUAGUCCAGCAUUUCUUCUGUGAUAUAAUACCACUUUUUAAACUAUCCUGCUCAGACACGUCAGUCAAUGAACUGGUAAUCUUUACAGAAGGGUCAUUAAUAGUUGCUUUACCAUUUGUGGUAACCUUGAUCUCAUAUAUUCAUGUAAUAAGAACCAUUAUAAAUAUACAAUCUGCAAUGGGAAGGAAGGCGACAUUUUCAACAUGUUCAGCUCAUUUGACGGUGGUUGCAAUGUUUUACGGAACAAUGAUUUUUAUUUAUUUUAGACCAUCGUCCGCUUACUCACCUGCUCAUGAUAAAAUUGCCUCAGUUCUAUAUACUGUGCUUACCCCUAUGCUCAACCCAUUUAUAUACAGCUUAAGAAACAAAGACGUAAAGAGUGCCUUCAGGAAACUCAUACAUUUUAACAUAUUGGAAAUAUCAGUGAGGCCAAACUAUCAAAUACAUUAA